AUGUGUCCUGAAAACCACCAGAACCAAUACAUCAGCAGUCAAGCUAAAGACAGCGAACUGCAGCGGACAGGGUGCCGGCCGAGGGGCGGGCGAAGGGCUCGGGCCGGCCGGGGACAGCUCCUUUCACGGAGACCCCUCCUCGCCGUGCCAGAGGUCAUCUGGAACCGGCAGCUCGCCGCUUCCUAUUGCAGUGAUCACCCCUGUGUUCCAAACCGAGGCCCACGGGGCGAGGGAAACAAAGCCAAGCCGCACAGCUGUGGGCACGGAAAGUUUUGCUCCACCGACCGCUCGGUCCCACCUGGGGGUCGGGCUCGGGGCAGGCGGGCGCUGCGGGAGGCCGGGGUUGCCCGGGAGGGGGGCGCCCUGCAGCUGGCGCGGCUGCACCUGACUCUGGUGGGGGGGUGGGGGUCGGGGGUCCGCGGGGGCGAGCCCCGCACCGCCGCCCAGACUCCGCGGGGGCACAGAGCGACGCCCGUCCAGCGGCUGCAGCUCGGCGCGCUGGGGUGGGCUUCGAGGCGCUCCCCUGCCCCUCCUCCGCCCCGGGUGGGUCUAGCGGGGCACCCCGCGCGCCGCAGUCCUGGCCCGGCGGCUCGCGGGGGGGCGGCAGGGGAAAACCGCGCACCCGCCGUUCGCAAAGUUCGCCGCGCUGCACCCCGAAACGGGGCGGGACCUCCGCAGCCCGCCCCCCGGGGCGGCACCCGCCUCCCCGGAGCCAACUCCCGGGCCCCGGCCCGCGCCUACCUUGAGCCAGCGCCCCGUAGCAAGUGCAGUUGGAGGAGCAGCAAGCACCCAACCGCCCGGGGCCCCGGGGUGAAAUUUGCCGCCCGCCGCCCGGCGGUGCCUGGCGCCGCGCGGGGUCCCGGGCGCUCGCGGCCGAGGCGGGGGCCCGGCCAGGACCCCGCGCGCUCCGGGGGCGGCGGGCCGCCGGCGGUCACCGAGGGCCGGGCACCCCGGCACCAGUGCCGAGGAGCUGCCCCCCGGAGCGCCACGCCGCACCGGACGGCCGGGACGGCCCCGGGUGGACGCGGCGCCCAGCGCCGAGGGGCGGCGUCCCGGGUGCCCGCGAGAGGGGCGCGGCGGGGGUCGAGCGAGGCGGAGGAGAAGUUGUCAGCGGGGGCAGCGCUCGUCGCGACGCCCGGAGCUCUCCGGGGCGACCGCCGCCGCCGCCAGGCCGGAACGCGGGGCUCCGCCGCGCUGUCCGAGAGGGGCCAGCCGGGCGCUGAGGCACCGCCGCCGCCGCCGCCCCCACCCGGCGCUGAGGAGAAAGUGCGCCCGCCCGCGCGCCGGCUCUCGCCCUCCGCCGCCGCCGCCGCCGCUCCCCAUUCACAGCCCGGCCGCACGCGCCGCCCGCGCCCGCCGCCCGCCGCUGAUUGGCCGAGGGAGGCGGCUCCGCUCCCGGGGCCCGCCCCCACGGCCCUCGCUUGUUUUCAAACUCGACGCGCCCGCCCGCCUGCAAUUUCGCGCCGGCAGCGGCGCUGGACUCGGGCGACUUCCCGCGCCGGCUGCGCCCCCUAG